AUGAGUGGCAACAUUUUGACGACCGCUGCCUGUGGACUCCUGCUCACAUCUCUCUACUUCGCCACACGCUGGUUCGAUAGACGCAACCGCAGUUCAUUGCCUCCACCACCAGGACCGAAGGGAUGGCCUUUAAUAGGGAAUAUGUUCGACCUGCCCACAAAGGAUGAGUAUCGGGUGUACUCUCAAUGGCAUGAAACAUACGGUGACAUAUGCUCUGUGACCGUGCUUGGCCAACGGAUCGUCAUUAUCAACUCCCCCGACGUUGCGUUCAAAUUGCUCAACAAACAGAUCUAUGCUGGUCGACCUCACUAUAAUAUGUGCUGCGAUUUGGUGGGCUGGAGUCACGCCCUCGUGAUGCUUCCCUAUGGCGAACGUUUCAAGGGCUACCGUGCGAUGCUGAAGAAUGCGUUCGGAAGCCGAGCCAGUGUCGAGAAAUACAAGGAAACUAUGGAGACCGAAACUCACCACUGUCUUGCCCGGCUUCUGAAUCAAGAAGGAAGUACAAACUUUACCGGGCCUAUCAGGAGGUCAAUAGGCGCCAUCCUUCUGGGGAUAACUCACGGAUACGAAGUUCAGUCCGAGCACGAUUCUUUGGUAAGGAUAGCGGAUCAAGCGACAGAUCAGCUUGGUGUAUUGCUGACACCCGGGUCCUUCAUGGUCGACACGAUCUCCGCAUUGCGCUUCAUUCCAACGUGGUUCCCCGGUCCCUUUGCAGAUUUCAAGCGACUUGCUCGGGACUGGCGCAGCGAUCUGUACGGCCUGACGGAACAAUCCUACGCAUUUGUCAAGAAACAAGUGUCCGCCGGAACCGCAUCUCCCUCCUUUGUGCAAGAAUUGAUCGAAGGGAAAGAUCUGACGGAACAGGAGGAACUUGAUAUCAAAUGGGUUGCUAGCUCUAUCUACCUGGGCGGUGCCGACAUGCCGGUAUCAGCGUUGUCUUCACUCAUGUUGGCCAUGGUUAUGUUCCCCGAGAUGCAGAAGAAGGCGCAAGCCGAGAUCGAUGCAGUCGUUGGCCAUGAUCGACUUCCAUUGUUCUCAGAUCGAGACGAUCUACCAUAUGUCGAGUCUAUGCUACGCGAAAUCAUUCGCUUUGGACCUCCGGUCCCCCUUGGUGCACCACACUGCGUAACGGAGGACGAUGUCUACGAAGGCAUGCUCAUUCCAAAAGACUCGAUUGUGGUCGCGAACCUUUGGCACUUCCUUCAAGAUCCAAAUGUGUACCCAAAUCCCGAAGUAUUCGACCCUGAGAGAUUCAUCGCACGAGAGGGGAAGCCGGCACAGCCUGAUCCCUAUGAUUUCUGCUUCGGAUUCGGGCGCCGGAUCUGUCCUGGUGUUCAUCUCACAGACGCGCAAAUGUACAUCUUCACAGCAUCGAUACUCUCGGUGUUCAAUAUCGAGAAAGUCGUCGAGAACGGUGUGGUACAGGAGCCCAAGCACGAAUUCACCAGUGGUGUUCUCAUUCGUCCCAAGCCAUUCAAAGCGGUUUUGAAACCACGCUCUGCGAAGGCCGAAGCCCUCAUACGGAUGUUCGGAGACACUGCUUGA